UUUAGAUGACACUAAAAUGUAUUACAUCUAUAAAUUGGAGAGAAAGAAUCGAACAGAAUAGAUUUUUUUAAUUUAUAAUAUUAUUUUAAAGGAUCAAAUGCUAUUCGAUGGCCAAAACCAAUUACACAUUCAUCUUCAUCUUCGACUCAAGUUAUUUCUGAUUUAAUUUCUCGAGCACUUGAUAAUGCUCCAUCUGCUAAACUUUUUCAAGUUUCAAUUCAAGCAGAUUUAGCUGUCAAUGGUAAAGAUGUUUUUGUACUUUCUAAUGGAUCAACAUCAGGUUCAAUACAAAUUUCUGCAUCAACUGGUGUGGCUGCUGCUUGGGGUUUUAAUUAUUAUUUGAAAUAUGUAGCAGAUAGUUCAGUUUAUUGGUCUGGAAAAAAUAUUCGAUUAUCUAAUUCAACAUUAUUUCCAAUACAUGAACCAAUUCGAAUAGUUGCUAAUGAUUUGUAUCGUUGGUAUGGAAAUCCAUGUACAUUUAGUUAUUCAGCUGUAUUUUGGAAUUUCUCAAGAUGGGAAAAAGAAAUCGAUUGGAUGGCUAUGAAUGGUAUUAAUUUAGUUUAUGCAACAACUGGAAUGGAAUAUAUUUAUAAUAAAGUAUUUCUACGAAUGGGUUUUCCUCAAACAGAACUUGAUGAUUAUUUUACUGGUCCUGCAUUUUUAGCUUGGUUUCGUAUGGGUAAUCUUCAAAAGCAUGGUGGUCCUUUAUCGAAUCGUUGGCAUCAAUCACAAUUUCAACUUGCUAAACAGAUCAUUCAACGAAUGACUGAAAUUGGUAUUAUACCAGUUUUACCUGCUUUUACUGGCUUUAUGCCACGUACGGCACCAUCACGUUUUCCUUCAGCUCGAUUUCACAAUUCAUCUAGUUGGGAUGGUUUUGGAUGUAAUGAAUCAUGUUUGCCAUAUCUCGAUCCAACUGAUUCAUUCUUUCAAAAAGUUGGAGUUGAACUAUUAAAUGAAACAAUCACUUUACUUAAUUUAACAUCUCAUUUUUAUGCUUGUGACUUAUUUAACGAGAUGACACCACCUACUAGUGAUCUUGAAUAUUUGGCUGAUGUGAAUGCAGGUAUUUUUCAAGCAAUGAAAACAGUUGAUCCAAAUGCUGUUUGGUAUGAUCUAUUUUUAUAA